GCAAUGCAUGGUUUUAGAGAGAAGAGUAUCGAGUAUUUAUUUUUGCUGUCGUUUCAUCACUAACUGUGUCGCGUUUAUUAUUAUUUGUUAAAUACAUAAUUGUACAUUGUAAAAUGGUUCGCGAUGAUUCCGUCGAUGGUAGCGGUUCUGAAUCUGAAGUCAGUCACAGCCCAACUCCGUCGCCUCAGAUUGCACCAACGCCGGGUUACACAUUAGAAAACCAUGAUCCUGAACCCGGUACACCGCAUAGUCGAGCAUCAGAGGGUAGUGGUAGCGAUCGCAAGUCACGUUCUCGGUCACGUUCAUCUUCUAGUUCGGCAUCUCGCAGCAACUCCGGAUCACGUUCCGGCACACGUUCUCAAUCUGGUUCACCACAUAGCAGGCCCUCGGGUUCUGUGCAUAGCCGACAUUCUGCAACACCAAUUGUCAGUCGAGAACACAGCCCCGCUGGAAAUCGUGAACAUUCAACAGCAGUUAGCCGUGAACAAUCAAUUGUUAGAAGUCGAGAACAAUCACCGGCAGCAAGCCGUGAACAUACGCCCGUUGCUACCCAUGAGCAAUCGUCUGUUGCUCAAGAGUCGUCUCCCAAACGCAAUGCAACUACACCAGCCAACCAAACACCCAACGAUGAAGAUACCCGUUCACAAUCGCCUAACUUGCAAAUAGAUGAUCGUGCUAAUUCACGUUCCCGUUCGCGUUCUCGUAGUCAAAGUCACCGCUCACGCUCCGGCACACCACGUUCAAAAUCUGGAGGCUCUUCACGCUCUGGAUCAGGGUCUCGAUCGCGUUCUCGUUCUCGGAGUGGCACAAGGUCACGUUCAGGAUCGCGAUCGCAUUCUGGCUCACGCUCGAGAUCAGGUACACCGGUAUCGCGCAAAUCUGGAAAGUCGGCAAGCGGAUCUGAAUCAGGAAGUGAUUUUGGUGCACGGCAAAGGAAGAAGCGUAAAGCGUCUGCAUCUAGUGGAUCCGAGUCUGAAGGUGCUCAACGUAAACGAGGUAGUGGGGAAGAAGGCGAUGCGACAGCCGCUGUAAGGGCAAAAAAGGCACGAAUCAUCGAUACGGAUAGCGAAAAUGAAGAGCAGUCACAAAAAAUUGACGCAACUGAUAUUUUUGGUGAUGCCGAUGAUAUCAGUUUAUCGGAAGACGAAGGCCCCAAAUCGGAUACCGGUUCACGCAAGAGUCGCUCACGAACGCGUUCACGUUCAAAGUCAAAAUCCAGCUCCCGCAGUGGUUCACAUCGCUCAGCUUCAGGGUCCCAUUCACGCUCUCGAUCACGUUCUUCUGUUUCGCGGUCUCGCUCAAGAAGCCCUGCCCGUGUUGAGGAACCACAACAAAAAGAGGACGAACCAGAACCUAUUCCCGAAACACGAAUCGAUGUGGAAAUUCCACGAAUCGUAACUGAUCUGGGAAAGGAAAUACAUUUCGUUAAGCUUCCUAAUUUCCUUUCAGUUGAUACGCGACCUUUUGAUACCGAAACUUACGAAGAUGAAAUUGACGAAGAAGAAACUAUGGACGAAGAAGGUCGACAGCGCAUCAAACUGAAAGUAAGUAACACCAUACGUUGGCGUGAAUAUAUGGCCAACAAUGGUGACAUGAUCAAAGAAUCGAAUGCGCGUUUUGUGCGCUGGUCAGAUGGUAGCAUGACGUUGCAUUUGGGCAACGAAACUUUCGAUGUUUAUCGCCAACCAUUGCAUGGUGAUCACAAUCACAUGUUCAUCCGUCAAGGUACGGGUUUGCAAGGGCAGGCGGUUUUCCGCACCAAGCUGACUUUCCGACCACACUCGACGGAAUCGUUUACACAUAAGAAAAUGACAAUGUCAUUGGCCGAUCGUUCACAAAAAACCAGCGGUAUUAAGAUUCUCACUCAAGUCGGCAAAGAUCCGACUACCGAUCGUAAAUACAAUCUCAAAAAAGAGGAAGAAAAACUGCGUCAAGCGAUGCGUACUCAGCAGAAGCCACAGCCAAAGAAAAAGAAAAGUGGCGCACAUGAUGCCCAUGGCGGCGCUAAUUCAUCGUACCAUCACGAUGAUGGCAGCGAUGACGAAAAUGCUAUUUCUCUUAGCGCUAUUAAGAAUAAGUAUAAAAAAGGCAGCGGUGGUGGUGGUGGUGGCGGUGGCGGUGGUGGCACGCCAUCAGUAACGUCCGAACAAAAGGGCUCGGCUAUUUAUUCGUCAGAUGAAGAUGAUGGCUCUGACUUCGAAGGACGACGCAGCAAGAAAAUGGACAAGACAAAAUCGGUAAAGGCACUGCGCGACUCUGAUAGCGAGUCGGAUGAAGAGCAUGGCAGUGGUAAGGGUAGUGCCGGCGGUAGCGACAGCGAGGCCAGUGGCAGCGGCAGCGGGAGCGGGGACGAAGGUGGUGGCAGUAAUCGCGGAAAAGGCGGUGGCAGUGGCAGCGGAAGUGGCAGUGACAACGAUGAACAUACGGCAAAUGAUUAAACAAUAAAAAAAAGAUUCACGCACCAGUAUAAAAGGCAAUCGAUUUUGCGGGACCAUUUGCAAGAAUUGCCACAUUUUACAUACAUUUAUUAUAUAGUUCUGAGUUUCAUUUCAUAAAAUGUUUGAAUUGCAUGUUCGAUGUAAAUUAUAUCAAUAAAUGAAGAGAAGUGGAAGCGUAAA